AUGCGGAACUCCUUGGUGAUCCUUUCCUCUUGGGCCACUACUGUAGCCCUUGUCACUGGCCAGUGUGUGCCUACUCCCGGCAAGGACGGUCGGUACACUAUUGAGUCGGAUGGCAUCAAGGCGCAGUUCAUUCCCUAUGGUGCCACUCUUACAAACCUCUGGGUGAAAGACAAGAACGGCGAGAAUGUGGAUAUCGUAUUGGGAUAUGACAAUGCAUCCUACUACCCUGUUGACCCGAGCCAUCCCGUACUCAACGCUAUUCCCGGUCGGUACGUGAACAGGAUCGGUAAGGCGACGUACAGUAUCGACGGCGAGUUGUUCAGCACGGAAAAGAACGACGGCGAAAACACGCUGCACAGCGGCACCAACAACUGGUCUUUUCGCUUCUGGAACGUGACGGAGGUGACUGCGACGUCCAUCACCUUUGGCAUCCUCGACAAAUCCAACUCGUCGCAGGGCAUGUUGGGUGACGUCCACGCGCAGGUGAAAUACAGCGUCGAGGGCGGCACCUGGAAGAUCAACAUGGAGGCGACGGCGCCCGAUACCAAAACACCACUCAUGCUGACACAGCACACCUAUUUCAACCUCGACGCCUACCGCGACCCGGCCGGGCCCAAGAUCUGGAACCACACGCUCCACGUCCCCUACUCGAGCAGGUACCUCGAGAACGACGACGGCGCGCUGCCAACCGGCCGCAUCCUCACGGCGGCGCCGGGUAGCAUUAACGACUUUGCGUCUGAACCCGACAUCCUCUUGGGCCGCUCGAGGGACGACCCGGCAUUCCCGGGCAACUGCGGCGCAGGCGGUCAGUGUGAGGGCUAUAAUGGCUUUUGGCUGAUCGACGACGCGCCAGAGGGAGCCGUGGUCGCCACCCUCGCCAGCGAGUACUCGGGCGUCAAGGCCGAGCUGCGAACCGACCAGCUCGGGAUGCAAAUAUAUACUUGCAAUUGGUUCGAUGGCACCAGCCCGCUCAAGUCAACCCAAGGUACAGAAGACGUCAAGAUAGUUGGCAGGAGCUCCUGUAUCGCCAUCGAAGCGCACGACUACACAGAUGGCAUUAACCAUCCUGAAUGGGGCCGCAAAGAGGCGCAGAUCACUGGCCCUGGGGAGAAGUAUACUUGGGAGUCGUCGUGGACCUUUUCAAUACUCUGA